AUGUCUAUGGCUUCAACUGCUGCUGACAGACUUUUAUCUGUCCUAUUUCCACUAAAAUACUAUAAAUUAAAUAUUCGUCUUUACCUCACAAUUCAUUCAAUUUUGGCUUUUAUUAGCGGUAUUUGGAUGUCAAUAAAUGCGAUUAAUUUGUCAAAUAAAUAUCCGACACUCCCAGUUACUGGAUCUCUUGCUGAUCUGUUAGUUUUAGAUAUGGAAAUAAUUUAUAGUUUUAUUAUGCUUCUAUGUGCAAUUAAUAUUUUAUUAUAUUUAUUUGUUUGGAUUGUUGUAAGGUGGUUUCAUUCAGGUAAUAAUCACGCGGGUAGUCAAUCAGAUACUCAAUCACGUCUUCUAAAAUCUCUAAUUUUAAUUGUCUCAAUAGUUAUUGGAGGCUAUAUAAUAGGCUAUAUAUGUAAAAUAAUUGUUGAUCAUUUCUUCAUUUUAAAUGAUAUACAAAUUUGGUCAGUUAAUGAGUUUGGAGGAAUUCUUCUAAAUAUUGGCGCUUCAGCUGAGGCUCCAAUACUUUAUAUUUUUAGGUUAAUUUAA